CCUUUUUUGGAGCUUUGAAAGAAGCCGCUUUUGUGCCGCUGCACAGCACUGCUCUAACAGCUUUGCAGCUUUGGACCGCUGUGUCACCACAGCUCAACCCACAGCUCACCGAUCGAGCACGACCAGGAGAUGGAGCAUCCACCACCGCUACCCACAACAAGCCUCGAGGACCUGCCGCCGCCCUACCUCGACUACCUCGACGCGGCGGCCCUCUGCCGGCUGGGCUACGGCACGACAAAGAAGCAGCACUACGGCGUCACGUCCGCAGUGGUGCGAUGCGCGACCGAACGCGACGCGGUGCCGUUGAGCACCUCGACGCCGCCGGGCGCGCGUGACGCGCUUGAGCUCCUGCGGCGGCGCGAGCGGGCCGUGUGCUGGGAGCCCUUCGGCGCCCGCAGCCAGUUUCUGCAGCGGCGGUGGCGCCGCGGCCCGACGACGCCCGACGACGCGCCGCGCGACGGCGACGACGACGACGAGCCGCCGCGGCCCUGGCGCUACCGCGAGCUCCGAACGACGGCCGCGGGGCUCGUGCUGGACGGCGGCGGCGAGAUGAACUUCACGGGCGUGCACCGGCCCUUCGGCGGCGUGCGGCGGCCGACGCGCAUCCGCUUCCAGUACUGCGCGCCGGCGCGGUCCGCGUCGCGGGGCUACUGCAACGUCUGCUUCUCGUCCGCCGACGCGGCGCACCGGGCGCUGCGCUUCUUCCGGAUCGGCCACCCCGACGUCUUCUCGUUCCUCAUCCCGCUCUGGGCCGGCGACCGGCUCCAGCUCUGGCUGCCGCGGUCGCGGUACGCCGUCGCGCUCGCGGGGCCCGACGAGGCCGCGGCCGACGCGAAGCACGACGUCGACUGUCGCUUGCUUUGGGACGUCGCCGGGGAAAUCGGCGCGCCGGCGCUCUGGAUGGACGUGCGCGUCGACGGCCGGCGCCACCACGACGGGCCGCUGGCCAUGAAGCUGCCCCCGUCGUACGACGGCCUGCGGCACGUGUACCUCUUCAACUGGGUCCAGGACGAGAACACGUUUGUGGGUACGCCGCCGGCGCAGCGGCCCCCGUCGCCCGUGUCGAACGCGCGCUGCGUCAUCAGCGAUCUGUUCGUCGAGGACGGCCCCGUCGACGCGGAGUUCCUAACGAACGUGCGGAGCGAGGCGCGGCGCCGCGCGGAGUGCUUCCGGCACGGCGUCGAGCUCGAGGGAGUGUUGCAAGCCCUCGGCGUCGGCGUCCAGAGCGCCGGCACCGACCCGGUCAUCGUCGUCGAGGGCGACCCGCAAGCGCACACGCUGGGCGACUUCGACGAGAGGGACGCGGACGGCAGCGGCGACGACGACGACGGCUCGAUAUUCAGUUUUGACGACGACGAGAGCGGCGACGGCUCCGACGCCGAGUCGCGCUCGGACUUCGACGAGGAGGACGAGGAGGACGAGGGCGUCGCGCGGCCGGCGUCCUUCGCCGAGAUCGUCGACGACGACGUCGACGUCGACGAGGCGCCUAAUCUGUCUGUCUAG